GGCUGGAGGCUGGGGUGCCGCCUCCUCUGCAACGCCGGGCCGGAAUCUUAGAACCCACCGCCCGCAGGGGUCCCCGCGGCCGCCGCGAUGCAGAAAUACGAGAAACUGGAGAAGAUUGGGGAAGGCACCUAUGGAACAGUGUUCAAGGCCAAAAACCGGGAGACUCAUGAGAUCGUGGCUCUGAAACGGGUGAGGCUGGAUGACGAUGAUGAGGGUGUGCCGAGCUCGGCCCUCCGGGAGAUCUGCCUACUCAAGGAGCUGAAGCACAAGAACAUUGUCAGGCUUCAUGACGUCUUGCAUAGUGACAAGAAGCUGACUUUGGUUUUUGAAUUUUGUGACCAGGACCUGAAGAAGUAUUUUGACAGCUGCAAUGGUGACCUUGAUCCCGAGAUUGUGAAGUCAUUCCUCUUUCAGCUGCUAAAAGGCCUGGGAUUCUGUCACAGCCGCAACGUGCUGCACAGGGACCUGAAGCCCCAGAACCUGCUAAUAAACAGGAACGGGGAGCUGAAAUUGGCUGAUUUCGGCUUGGCUCGAGCCUUUGGGAUCCCCGUUCGCUGUUACUCAGCUGAGGUGGUCACGCUGUGGUAUCGGCCACCGGAUGUCCUCUUUGGGGCCAAGCUGUACUCCACGUCCAUCGACAUGUGGUCAGCUGGCUGCAUCUUUGCAGAGCUGGCCAAUGCUGGGCGGCCUCUUUUCCCUGGCAACGAUGUAGACGACCAGUUGAAGAGGAUCUUCCGGCUGCUGGGGACCCCGACUGAGGAGCAGUGGCCUGCCAUGACCAAACUGCCAGACUAUAAGUCUCUACACCACCAUGCCACCAGAAUGACUCUCCAUGCCCCUCCACAGCCCUACCCAAUGUACCCGGCCACAACAUCCCUGGUGAAUGUCGUGCCCAAGCUCAAUGCCACAGGGAGGGACCUGCUGCAGAACCUUCUGAAGUGUAACCCUGUCCAGCGCAUCUCAGCAGAAGAGGCCCUGCAGCACCCCUACUUCUCCGACUUCUGUCCCCCCUAGGCUGCAGGACCCCUGGCUGCCAGGCUGGGGCCUGGCCUGUUUAAGCCCCCUCCCAGGAGGGGAGGCAGUUGGGGUGCAUGGAGUGCCGCGCCCCGGCUGUGCUGGGCUGGCCGGGGUGGAGGUGCUGAACCGUGCUGUUCACUCCCUCCAUGAACUUUAUUUAAUUUCAUAAAUUGGCUCCUUUCCCACA